AUGAUGCGCCGUUUGAUGAUUGCCCAACCCGCCGCUGUGCGUCGUGUGAUGAAACCCACUGCGGUCUCCUCCGCGUUGGCGGUGCGCCGGGCCUCUACGGUGGCCAUCUCCGUUCAGGGACUUCACUACGUCGGCACCGGACUGGCGGCUAUUGCCCUCGCCGGUGUGGGUCUGGGCAUCGGCACCAUCUUUGGCAAUCUCCUCGUCGCCUGCGCCCGCCAGCCAAACCUGACAAAGAUGCUGUUUAACUACGCCAUUCUUGGUUUCGCGCUUACAGAGGCUAUUGGUCUGUUUGCCCUCAUGUUGGCCUUCCUGAUGCUCUUCUCUUAG